AUGUCCAGAGUCCGUCCUUCUCUCCAAGAUGUGUGCGAACAGUACACGUCUGGCGAGGAUCGCAAUACCCUAGAGAACAUCGUCAGAGCCUUCCUAUUGUUCCCCACUGGGCAUCGAGCAUACCUCCUUCAGCAUGAAGACGCCAUGCGUCGGGCUGUUCCCGAUGCUCCAAGUCUAGCCCUGCCAUUCCUGGACGAGUGCUGGCCCUUCGACCAGAACACUCCCCUCCUUUGGAUCUUGACCACCCCGACUUUCGACCUUGAUGGGGAUAAUACGAACCCACUCUACUCCUACAAGUUCCAGAAGGGAACGGCUCGUUACCCGCUUGCCGGUGUCACUGGCUUGGACGAAAUAGACCCCGCUUCGGAUGCCAGAAUUCUCAACGGCAAUAUUGCAGCUUGGCUGAGCGGAAAGAUUCAGAUUGACGGCAAGGCGUCGCCAACGUCAAUCCCGGACACUGCUUCCAGGGGCGAGUGGCUUCAUGAUAUGAAAGGCUCACUGAAGAGCAAGUUCCAUACUUCUCUUGAAGACCCACACAACGCUGUUCAUCUUGCCAUCGGAGGGUUCUAUCAAGAUGGAGAAGAGAACGCUAAAACUGUUGAGGAUGCCCAUGGUGACAUGGGAGAGAACGAAACCGCUAACUUCGACCCCAUCUUCUUCCUUCACCAUGCCUUCAUUGACUAUGUCUUCUGGACAUGGCAAGUCAAGCACCGCCUUACCAAGCCGGGUAACCUGUCAGUGGAGCCCAACAUCACAGCGGCAACACUCAGCGCAGGAAGCCCUGUUCUCCCUCCGGGAAGCAAGUUGGAGAUGAGCAGUCCUCUUGCACCUUUCUUAAAGUCCGGAUGCAUCAACGACCCUGUGUUCUACACUUCAGACGACAUCACCGACAUCAAUCAGUUGGGAUACAUGUAUGGCGAGGGUUCCCUUGACCUUCUGACCAGUGGGCCCGUUCUGGGCGACCCUGAGCUUCCACUUGUCGCUGUCGCCCGCGUCAGUGGCAUCAGCACCACGUUCCAUGAGGGAUCGUUUGUCAUCCGUACCUCUGCCAAGCUUGCCGACGGUCGUGAGAUUGAGAUUGACCGCGACGCAAUCCUCAGUCGAUGGACUCUCGCAAAUUGCAAGAACUGUCAGAAGAACAAGCUUGAGACGUAUACUUACAUCCCUUUUGGCGCGGAUCUGAUGAGGGCAAUUGGAGCUGAGAAUAAGGAGGACAUCCAUAGCAAGCUCACUGUCUCCGUCCAGACGCGCGGACAGAAUGCACCAGUCAAGGACUCAUUCAGUGCUCUGCAGCCUUUGAUCAAAAUCUUUUAA